UAUCCUCUUUCCGCUCUCUAAUCGCAUCCACUACUGCUUUUCGCUCUCGCCACAUCACUGCUUCACGCUUCUCUGCAAUGUCAUCGUCCUCACAGUCGACAACAAAACCCGAUUUGAAGACAUGGACACAAGAACGUCUCAAGGCACUCUACACGGCCCCGGAUGACGACGCGUUCCACUCUGCGUUCGAGAGUGCUUUCGCACCUGAGGGACAGUCUACUAUCGUGAUUAAUGGUAAAGAGAUGCCGAGAGAAAAGCUUAAGGACGAGAUUAAGGCACAGAGGGCGGCAAUGACGAAGGUAAACGUAGAGUUCCACGAGCCAAUCGAGGAUGCAGAAACGACGAGGGAGAUUGACAAUGCGGACUCUCAACCUGGUAUCGUGAAGGGAUCAUGGACAGUCACUCGCUCCCUUCGCUUCAAGUUACGUGGAGCACCAGAUCAAAUGCGUCGCAUUAGUCAAUUCGAGGCAAAAGUGGAACCUCUUUCUCCUGGUUCAGACGAGUACAGAAUCGUCCAUCUUGCGGAGACCGUGGAGGUGAAGCGCCCGCCCAUCCAGCUCUUGCCCGCAUCACUGCAGCAAACGGACCAAGCCCAGUAGUUCUGUGAGUGGGAUUGGAUGUGUUAGGGAGGAUCGAGGAGAAGCAACUCUAAACGCACUACAUCUAUCCACUUGAUGAAUGUCGUUUCUCGUACUUGAUGCGCUAUGUAUGCGUCGGAAAUGUCUUCUGAACAUACUUAUGCGCUAUGUAUUGUACUGCUUAGACUUAUUAAAAUAAAAUACCAA